GGCGAGUUGCCGAUAGGAAGAACGAUGUCUUAGUCUGAGGAGGAGACGAUGGUCGAUAGAAAGAUAUCCGGAAUUAUGGAAGGGAGUAUUCCAUGUCAAAUGAGAGGUCGGAUUGAUGAUGUUCGUGUUGGAUAUGAUCACGUCGGAAUACAACAUCAGACGGGGAAAGGCGACACGUUUGGAUGCCCAGAUCGACCUCCUGUCUUUCGCUAGCUCGCAAGUCAACAAGCACUGAAGCCAAGGUCAUCCGAUCAACUUCAGCAUUGUAUGCAUUUCUUUCACUUGAAACUCCCAGAGCAGGCACUCAAGGAGGAUAUCAUGGAAGUAGAAUUGCGCCACAGAUAUCUGGCACGCUCUUAUCACCACUUUGCGAUAACCCUGUCGAAGCUGUACUGUUUCGAUGCCAUUGUCGCAGAAAAAAGAACAAGCAGGCAAUAUCAAAGGAUCUGGUGAGAUUGGAAAUGCUGACAAAGAACGCAAUCGAUCAAUGGUCUAUUCAAGGUUGCUUAGCAAUUCAAAUUGUCGCAACAUUUUACAUGGCGAUACAAUUAUCUCCGGAGCUGCACACAUUGUUGAAACAGUCUCCUAUCCGUUUGCCUUCUUUUUCUUGCCGACCUUCUCGCGUAUCACAGUCAGAUUGACGAUAUAGUAGCAAUCUUACAAUGCUACGAGAAAUAUUGCAUCCACUACUCUGGAGCUGAUAAAGCUCAACAGCGCCAAGAGAGCAAA